GGCGGGCAGGGUGGCUGCGCCGUCCCCUCAGAGGGGCGCUGGCGGGCGGGCUGAGGCGCGUCGGCCCGCAGCGGACCGGAGUGCUACGCGGCGGAGCGAUGAGCGGCGCCCGGGCCCCGGGCCCCGAGGCCGGCGCCGCUGGAGCCGAACCCCCCGGCGCGGCGCUGAGCGUGGACGUGGCGGGGCUGCUGGUGCAGCUGGCGCGCAGCUUCGCGCUGCUGCUGCCGGUGUACGCGCUGGGCUACCUGGGCCUGAGCUUCAGCUGGGUGCUGCUGGCGCUCGGGCUGCUCGUGUGGUGCCGCAGGAGCCGCGGCCUCAAGGCCACCCGUCUGUGCCGCGCGCUGGCGCUGCUGGAGGACGAGGAGCGCGUCGUGCGCCUGGGGGUGCGCGCCUGCGACCUGCCGGCCUGGGUUCAUUUUCCAGACACUGAAAGAGCAGAAUGGCUAAAUAAGACUGUAAAACACAUGUGGCCUUUCAUUUGCCAAUUUAUAGAGAAGUUAUUUCGAGAAACCAUAGAGCCAGCUGUGCGGGGAGCACACACCCACCUCAGCACCUUCAGCUUCACGAGGGUUGACGUGGGGCAGCAGCCCCUCAGGAUCAAUGGUGUUAAGGUGUAUACUGAAAAUGUGGACAAAAGGCAAAUUAUUUUGGACCUUCAGAUUAGUUUUGUAGGAAACUGUGAGAUUGAUUUGGAGAUCAAGCGAUAUUUUUGUAGAGCUGGUGUGCAAAGUAUACAGAUUCAUGGUACAAUGCGGGUGAUCCUGGAACCACUGAUUGGAGACAUGCCCUUAGUGGGAGCUUUGUCUAUCUUCUUCCUUAGGAAGCCACUUUUAGAAAUUAAUUGGACAGGACUGACUAAUCUUCUCGAUAUCCCCGGAUUGAAUGGUUUGUCAGAUACUAUCAUUUUGGACAUAAUAUCAAACUACCUGGUGCUUCCCAACCGAAUCACGGUUCCUCUCGUCAGCGAAGUUCAAAUAGCACAGCUGCGGUUUCCUAUACCAAAGGGUGUCGUGAGGAUACACUUUAUUGAAGCUCAGGAUCUUCAGGGAAAAGACACUUACCUUAAGGGACUUGUCAAGGGGAAGUCAGACCCCUAUGGAGUGAUUCGAGUUGGCAACCAAAUCUUCCAAAGCAAGGUCAUCAAGGAGAACCUCAGUCCAAAGUGGAAUGAGGUGUACGAGGCUCUGGUCUAUGAACACCCCGGACAGGAACUAGAGAUCGAGCUCUUUGACGAAGACCCAGACAAGGACGACUUCCUCGGAAGUCUUAUGAUUGAUCUUAUUGAAGUUGAAAAGGAGCGCCUUUUAGAUGAAUGGUUCACCCUGGACGAGGUCCUCAGAGGAAAGCUGCACUUGAAACUGGAGUGGCUCACGCUCAUGCCAGACGCUUCAAACCUCGAGAAGGUGCUGACAGACAUCAGAGCUGACAAAGAUCAAGCCAAUGACGGGCUGUCCUCCUCGCUGCUCAUCUUGUACUUGGACUCAGCCAGGAACCUCCCGUCAGGGAAGAAAAUAAACAGCAACCCAAAUCCUCUUGUCCAAAUGUCAGUUGGUCACAAGGCCCAGGAGAGCAAGAUUCGGUAUAAAACCAAUGAACCUGUGUGGGAGGAAAACUUCACUUUCUUUGUCCACAAUCCCAAGCGCCAGGAACUCGAGGUGGAGGUGAAAGAUGAGCAGCACCAGUGUUGCCUGGGGAACCUGAGGAUCCCUCUCAGCCAGCUGCUCACCUGCGAGGACAUGACCCUGAACCAGCGGUUCCAGCUCAGUAACUCAGGCCCCAACAGCUCGCUGAAGAUGAAGCUCGCCCUCAGGGUACUCCACCUUGAAAAGCAAGAAAGGUCUCCAGACCACCAGCACUCAGCUCAAGUAAAGCGACCCUCUGUUUCCAAGGAAGGGAGAAAAAUAUCUGUCAGAUCUCAGAUGUCUGCAUCGCCAGGCACUGGUGAGAGCAGCCCAGCCCCAUCCACGCCGGUCCUCGGGGGCUGCGAUGAUAAGCCGGGUGUGCAAGAGAGAGCCCAGCCCGCAGACGCCAGCCCGCAGGGGCCGCGGGACCUGGGCAGAAGCUCCUCCAGCCUCCAGGCCGGCAGCACCGGCUCCCCCAGCCACAUCUCUGUCAAGGAGCCCACCCCAAGCAUCGCCUCAGACAUCUCGCUGCCCGUCGCCACGCAGGAGCUGCGACAGAGGCUGCGGCAGCUGGAGAAUGGGACGACCCUGGGACAGUCCCCGCUGGGGCAGAUCCAGCUGACCGUCCGGCACAGCUCGCAGAGGAACAAGCUGGUGGUGGUCGUGCACUCCUGCAGAAAUCUCAUUGCCUUCUCCGAAGACGGCUCUGAUCCCUACGUCCGCCUGUAUUUGUUACCAGACAAGAGGAGGUCAGGAAGGAGAAAAACACACGUGUCAAAGAAAACGCUGAACCCCGUGUUUGAUCAGAGCUUUGAUUUCAGUGUCUCGUUGCCGGACGUGCAGAGGAGAACCUUGGACGUGGCCGUGAAGAACAGCGGUGGCUUCCUGUCCAAAGAUAAAGGGCUUCUCGGCAAAGUACGACCUCACGGAGGAUGGGACGAGGCCCCACGUGGUGACGUAGGCUGCGCUGGCCGAGGAGCCCCCGCUGUAUCUGCCAGUCCCGUGCCGACACGCAGCCCACACAGACGCACCCAUGCUCUUUUUAUAAUUUCAUGUACUUGGUUACUUGUCCCUUAGUGGUUUUAUAAAACAUUGACGUUUUAGGCGUUAUUUGGCCAUUAUUAGCAUUAAGUUUUGUAUGUUUAAUUUCCUCUAGUAUUUCACCAGUUUUUUCGGCGUGCAUAGGACAGUGGUCAACCGUUGUGUGCGUAAAGCUGUACGUCAGUUGUCUCUCCUAGGAAGCCGAUAUAUGGUUGUGCUUUUUUAUUGCUUUGUUUUGUAUAUCACUGAGGUGCACUAUGCUGUGUAAAUAGACUAUUUUUUAUAACCUCUACAUGCUGGUUUGAAUUCAGAAGAAAAUGGAUCAAGGAAAUAUAUAUAUUUUUUUCUUCUAAAACUUAUUAAAUUCUUAUGACAAAUAACCGUUUUUGCCUCUGCAGGAAAAAGCUCUCAGUGACCUAUUUUGUGGUGUUUCUUUUUAAAAAGAAAAGCUGAAAGAUUAGUAAAUAUUAGUAUAUUUCUGCCCAUUAUGAAUGAUGAAAGAAUGUAUUCGAAGUAUUUACACUUUCAUAAAUAUAAAGAUGUAUUAUUGAGAAGUCAGUUGAAGUGCUUAUAAAGAAAAAUGUCAUAUAACUGAGUUAUAUAAAAUAUUAAGAGAGUUGUCAUGGUUCAUAAAUCAUAGUGCACUAAUCUGAAAUUUCUUACAUAAAAUGGAAUGUCUUAAGUUUAUUUCUAGUUGCUUGUUGUAACUUAUUCAUGAAACAGUGCAGACACAUAAUCAUACUUUUCCUGAAAUGUAAUACAGACGGAUUUUAAAUGUUAGCAGUUAGUCUGUUGUGAAAUUUAUAGUGUUUUUCAGCCCGAAAAGAAAGACAAACUCACGUUGUCCCCGUAGAGGCUGUGAGGUAGGUCGGGGUGAGUAGCGAGGAAGUCGCGGCGGGAGCCGACUCCGGCCCGUGAUCGUCAGCGUGACGCACGCAGAGGACAGAGCCUCCGAGCGGCGCCAGCCGCCACCGCGGUCCCCGGGCUCCGGCGCGGCGGCUGCUGGUUGUAAAGAACCCCGUACUGGGUUUCCUCACUUUAGGCCAUGACUGACCUCAGUAUUGGGAUAUUGUUAUACAGCUUUUAUUGGGGGAUAUUUUUCUUCUUAGGUUAUGAAAAGCAUGUUUUAGAUACUUAAAGGCCCCAAGCCUCUUAGGAGAUGAGGCUCCAUAGCCGCGCGGUAGCUGUGCAUGCCCCGAACACAGGGUGCACGUGUGCAGAAAGAGCUUUAAGGAUUCUAAGGCGUGUGAUGCAAAUGACUUCCUUAGCCAGAGGGCACCCUACGGUUAUGUAGUAAUCCUGGGGAAAACAGAGCUGUGAGAUUGAGUCAGAGACCUCACUAGGGCCCCCGCCAUGGACCUCCUGGGCGUGACUGGCCUGCCCAAGUGCCUGUGUGGACGCCACUGCUGCUCCUGCCCUCUGGCGGGUUUCAGUUGUGCCCAUCGCACACUGUGAACCCUGGGUGUGCGUGUGAUGGGGCCUGUAGCCUCGCAGUAGGUCUCACGCAGUCGUGCAGACCCGGUGCUCUCGCAGCUUCCUGGGUCACGAAGCUUCUCCGAAGCCCCAGCAGAGACCAUCUCCUCUGUCAGCGCGCGAGGGCGUUACGAACGUGGUGACACCCAGGGGUGUGUGCUCGGGAAACACCUAACUCUGGUAUUGCAGCAGCGUGAGGAAGGCAGGUAAUUCCUAAAUCUAGUUGCCUGCCCGUGGUAUUAGAUCUUUGGAGGUUUUUUAAAAAUUAGGUUUGUUGUGGGAAUUCCCUGGUGGUCCAGCGGUUAGGUCUCGACGCUCUCACGGCCAGGGGCCCGGGUUCGAUCCCUGGGCGGGGAACUAAGAUGCCACAAACCAUGCGGUGCAGCCAAAAAAAAAAAAAAAAAAAGUUUGUUGCAGGGCUCUGGCAGUGGUCCCCAGCCUUUUCGGCACCAGGGACCGGUUUCGUGGAAAACAGUUUUUCCGUGGACUGGGGGUGGGGUGGGGGAAGAUGGGUCAGGCGGUAACGCCAGCGAUGGGGGAGUGGCAGGUGAAGCUUUGCUCGCUCACCUGCCACUCACCUCCUGCUGUGCGGCCCGGUUCCUAACCGGUCCUCCUCCCAGGGGCUGGGGACCCCUGGCUCCUGGCAUAUUUCUAAGACAGGAGAAACACUCACUGAAAUGUAGCAUACCAGUGAUUUCUACCAACAUCCCCAGCUUUUGGGUUUUGUAGCCACGUGGUUCACCUAUUCAACGUGUAUUUUACACUGUGGAAUACUUUAAUUAAGCAAUUAGGCAAAAUAAAUGCCGUGAAAGGUACAAAACCCAAACAAAGCCAGUUAGCAGCAUGAUGCCCACCCUCUGUAUGGACGCUGGGACUGGACACAGACCCAGCAGCCAGCUCCAUUCUCUUUGAAAGGAAAGGGAUGACUCUGAGGUCACUGAAUUACCUCCCACGUAGGAUUCUGUCUUGAUGGCCGAUGGGUGUUUUGGGAACCUCUUGUGUCCAGUUGGGCAGCUGAGAAUCAGUAUCAGGCCAGACCCCCGGCCGGGCUCCAGGAUCCUGGUGAUGGACACUCCGUUCUCAAAACCUUCAUGGCCGGUGGUUCUGAAUAAUUGAUUCAUCUGGGAAAAGGGAACUUUAGCUUUUCUACCUUGAACCAAACCAAUGGAGGGGAAAUUAGUGUUGAUUAAUUUGAAUUGUUACUUUGUUGCUUAUCCUGUGCCUUAAAGUAGGAAGUGUGAGGCGUUGCUUCAGGUUAAAACAGAAGGAGCCUUGCAGCUGAAUUCACCAAGUUUAUUCCUCAUCCAGAGGUCAGCCCUCCUUUGUCAAGCACUGAAGCCAGAUGCAGUCAGCGUGUGUGUUUAUAUUGUGGUUGUUGCUUUAACUCCAGUCUAGCUGGAUGGCCCGCUGCGGAUGCAACACAGCAGAGGGUUUAUUGUAGAAUGCCCUUUCCGCUCAACUAAUUUUACACGACAGUGCAUGUGUUUAUUCAAUAAAACGUUUCUGUUAGCUCA